AUGACAGACGCGCCAGAGAAGCCGCAGGUGACAACUGCAGCUGCUGCCGCCUCCGACGACACCACCAAAGCUGCGCCCACGUCCCCAGCACGGAGCGAUAAGAGCAGCGAUAGCGAAGGAAAGAAUGUUAGGGAAAAGCUCAAGGACACACAGAUCGAUGCGCAGGCCACAUCGGAUCCCGUCCCGAGUUCCGAUCGGCCCAUGAACGACGCACCCAACGGCAGCGUUAAAGCUGGCGAACACAGCGCUUCUGGCUCAGACAGCGAGCGCGGACGGUUACGACGCAAGCGCAGCCGGGAAGACUUUGAAGAGGAAGCCGAAGCGGACAAGCACCCAGAAAAGAAGGUUGAGCGACAUGCGCGCAAGAGGUCAAGGGACAUCACAGCCGACCUGGAGGCUGGUGUGCCCGGAAAGCCUUCUCCAAGUACUAUCUCAAGUAUCCAAGAGAACGACGGGGACGAGCAGAUGACAUCGCCCAACAAGAACACAUCCACGACCACUGCGGCCGAUAAGACCCCAGGAGCCGGAACAAGCCCCAAAAACAAGCGCACACGCGAUCAAGUCGAGAAGGAUACAGAUGCUAGCGCAGAAGCGGCGGAAGACGCCUCGGCAAAUGGCAAACCUGCAGAAAAGUCGGCAGGCGAGGAGCGAGACACCAAGCGGUUACGAGACAAGAAAGCAGCCGAUUCAACAACGGACACAACAGAGUCGAAGACCAAGAUACCGCCAGGCAGUGGGUUUGCCAACACUUCCGCCGCAUCGCCUUUUGCCGCUAUGGCAGCCAAACCUCAACCGCCGAAGACUUCCGAUAAGGCCGAAUCAUUACCUCAAACGUCGGACGAAAAGUUCAAGUCAUCUGGCUUCGGCGGCUUUGCAACCUCAGCUGCGUCUCCAUUCGGGGGCCUUGCUGGUUCUAAACCAAGUUCUAGCUCGCCUUUCGGUGGGGCAAGCGCGGCCAAACUGUCCUCUUUCGCAGGAAGCGCAGCCUCCUCAACGCCAUCAAGUGGUGGCUUCGGAGCACUGGGAAGCUCUGGUACAUCCGGGUUUGGAGGCAGCUCUUUUGGUGGAUCGCUGGGUGGGGGCUUUGGAGGCUUCGGCGGAGCCAAGCCCGUAGGCUCUUUCGCUGCUCCUGGUGGCAGUUUGGAGAUUAAGGGUCUCAAGGAGAAAGAGAAGCCUUUUGGUGCUGCUGCAAUCGGCGAGCCUUCUGAUGAUGAAGAGGGCGACGACGACGAAGACCCAGAAAAGAACGCAGACAAGGAAGAGCGACAAUCAAGUCAGCCGCUCCUCUCGCAACAACGUAAGCCAAUCACCGCCACCUCAUGUCAUCCUGUUAACCUUCCUGAAGCACACGAGACUGGUGAAGAAGGCGAAGAGACCAUCUGGGCCGGCCGCGCAAAGCUUUACAACAUGUCUGGCGAAGGUUCAAAUAGAGGGUGGAAAGAGCGUGGCGUGGGAACAUUCAAGUUCAACAUCACGGUCGAUGAACCCAAGAAGGCUCGCUUUGUCCUCCGUGCUGAAGGUACCCACCGACUGCUGCUAAAUGCUGCCGUCACAAAGAGCUUGGUAUUUGGAGGCGAUGCACAGGGUGACAAGCCGAAGGAUACCCGGUUGCUCUUCAAUUCGCCUAAUCUGGAGGGUGAAUUGGAGAUGCACCUACUCAAGCUGAAAGCCGAAAACGCAAAGCAGCUCUGGGAGGAGGUCACUAGGGUAAAAGAAGAGCAGCUAUAG